AUGUUUGAUUUUGAAUCAAAAAAUAACCCCAUACGUCCCGAAACGAUUGAUGAGGAAUUCAUAAACGAAUCAACAGAAGGUAAUCCAACUUCUGAUAAUAUCGGAAUCGACAAAAAACGUCGACAAUCCAUUACUCCUCUUUCCCAUGAAUCUAGACAAGUUGAAGCAAAAAAGGUCUCUCGCUAUGUUUUGAAUAACAGUGAUGAAUUCGAUUCAUUUAUUCUUAAUAAUUUUAAGCCGUUCUCAGGAUCAGAAGAGGUAACCGAUUGGUUAGGUAACACCGAUAAAAAGUUUAAUUUACAUAAAAUUCCACGUAAACUUCGCUACAUUGCUAUACCUUUACUUAUUGAAGGAGAUGCUAAAAUUAAAUAUAUUCUAAAUAGAAAUAACAUAAAAUCAUUCGACGAUUUUCUUGAAUUUCUUUUGACUACUUAUGAUGUACCGGAACAUAAUAUUGCACAUAAUUCAAUAACACAUUAA